UAUCUGGCUUUGCCAAAUUGGAAGCUGUCUGAGUGUUGAUCAAAAGAGAAAAGACCACAAAAAUGGCAGCUAACAGUAGUUUUGCAGGCACUUCAACUGUGGUUGGUUUGGGCACCACCACUCUCUCUCGCUCUUCCGCCAGAUCUACGGCCUUCACUUCAGGCUUCUUGAAGUCUAAGGUCGCAGCAAGGAACCCUCUAAGCCUAGCCUGUGCUUCAUCCGGAGGAAGAUUUACAUGCUUUGAAAGAAAUUGGCUAAGGAAAGACUUGAAUGUGAUCGGAUUUGGGUUGAUUGGGUGGAUAGCUCCAUCAAGUGUACCGAUCAUAAAUGGUAACAGUCUCACGGGUCUCUUUUUCUCAAGCAUUGGGGAGGAGUUGUCUCACUUCCCCAGUCCUCCCGCCCUUGCUUCUCAGUUCUGGUUGUGGUUGGUACUGUGGCAUCUGGGGCUGUUCUUGUGCCUUACUUUUGGGCAGAUUGGGUUCAAGGGGAGGACUGAGGAGUACUUUUGACUUCAUUCUCUUUUUUUCUUCUUUACAUGAAAUCAUCUACUCUACUUAAUUAUUAUGUAAUUAUGUACCAUUACUACUAUGUAGUAGAAGUAUGUACUAUCUCUUACCAAGUCCUUGUUUGAUUAAUCAGAAUCAUCUACUCUACUUAUUACGGAGUAUGUAACAA